AAUUGAGAUAGAACUUUGGAUCUGAUUGGUAGGGAGACAAAAAUUGAAGAUGUUUUUUAGCAAAUAGAAAAUAAAAAAGAAAUGAAAAAAAAAAGGCAUUGUAAGGAAGGAUACGGUUUUUGAAUUGUCUUCCCUUUCAAUCUCUUCUCUUCCUCCGGCAGCCUCCUCCUUCUCUUUCUCUUUCUCUCUCUCUCUCUCUUUCUCUCUCUCUUCCUUCAGAGACUGUCGGGAUCUCUGUUUUUAUUAUUUAUAUUCAUCCAAAAUUAAACAACACAAGAAAAAUUCAUAUCCCACAUAUCUAUACCUUUUUUUUCUUAAUAUUAAUUCGAGGAGAUUAUUCUUGUUGUGUUUAAUUAUCAAAUGGGUGCGUACAGAGCCGAUGAUGAUUAUGAUUAUCUGUUCAAGGUGGUGCUGAUUGGGGACUCCGGCGUCGGAAAAUCCAAUCUCUUGUCGCGUUUCACCAGAAAUGAAUUCAGCCUCGAGACCAAAUCCACCAUCGGUGUUGAGUUCGCUACUCGUAGUAUUCGUGUCGAUGAUAAGAUCGUUAAGGCUCAGAUUUGGGACACCGCCGGCCAAGAAAGGUAUAGAGCGAUCACGAGUGCAUACUACAGAGGAGCAGUGGGGGCAUUAAUAGUGUAUGACGUUACACGACACGUGACAUUUGAGAAUGUAGAGAGAUGGUUGAAGGAGCUAAGAAGUCACACAGAUCACAACAUAGUGAUAAUGCUCGUAGGGAACAAGGCAGAUUUAAGGCACCUAAGAGCAGUAUCAACAGAAGAUGCACAAGCAUUUGCAGAGAGAGAGAGAACAUAUUUCAUGGAAACUUCAGCACUAGAGUCAUUCAACGUUGAGAAUUCAUUUACAGAAGUUCUAACACAAACCUACCGAGUUGUAAGCAGGAAAAUUCUUGACAUUGGAGAUGAUCCAACUGUUCCUCCUAAGGGACAGACCAUUGACAUUGGCUCUAAAGAUGAUGUCUCUGCUGUUAAGAAAGCUGGUUGUUGUUCUUCAUAACUAUACCAAAAAUCCCUACAGAAUAUAUUCUUUUGUUUUGCUUUUCUGAUUUGGUCUUUGUAUUGUGUUGUUUUUUUUUUUUUUUUCUUUUGUUGGGGAAAGAAUUGUUGGUGCUUUCUUUGGAGAGUGGGAUGUUCAUGCAAAAUCUCUAGUGCUCUUUUUAGGGGUAGGUUGUACCUAUGAAUUUGAUCGAUUUUAUGCUUAGAAAGAAGAGGAAGAAGAAUUAUUGGGAGGAGAAUAUAUAUAUAUGCAGAAGAAAAUGUGCCAAAUAUACUUACGAUUUUCUUGAUAAUCCUUUUGUGUAAUUUGAUUAUAUUAUUUAUUCAAUGACAAUGCUAAGCUAUACUGCAUAUUAUUUUGUCU